AUGGCCUACCCUUCAAUAUACUCCGCGUGGCGCCGCAGCGGCCUCAAAGGCUCCAAAGACCAUCCCCUCGGUAUCUAUCGCACCCACGACGAGACUCUCCCCUCCUCUCUCAAUACCAGCGAUGUGGUUAUUAAGAUUCACGCUGUCUCUCUCAACUACCGCGAGAUUGCCAUGCUGAUCGGCACAUACCCCAUCGAGCUCCAAGACAAAGGCGUCCCGUGCUCAGACGCCGCGGCUGAAGUCGUCGCCACCGGAUCUGCUGUGUCGCGCUUCAACGUAGGAGACCGUGUGUGUCCCAUCACAGGCAUUGGAAGCGUUACUGGGGAGGAAGUGAGCGAUGGAGUGAGUUUGGCAAUUGGAUCGAACUGUCCGGGUGUGUUGAGGGAGUAUGCUGUGUUCGAUGAACAGCACCUAGUCAAGAUGCCGGAACACAUGUCCUGGGAAGAGGGAUCGACACUCCCUUGCGCUGGCCUCACGGCGUGGAACUCUCUGGGUGGGCUGCACAGCGUGCCUGAGGGUGCCUAUGCUCUGCUCCAAGGUACUGGUGGCGUGAGCAUGUUUUCACUCAUUCUCUGUCUAUCCGCAGGAAUCCGUCCCAUCAUCACGUCCUCGUCGGACGACAAGCUAUCCGCCAUCAAGAAGUUGAGCCCGGAGAUCCAGGGUCUCAACUACAAGACCGUGUCUGAUCAGGGCGCUGAGAUUCAACGUCUCACCAAGGGGCGAGGAGUCCAUUUUGUUGUGAACAACACUGGACCCAAAUCGCUUAUGGACGACAUCAGCUUUCUUUGCGAGAGGGGUGGCACCAUAUCAAUGGUGGGAUUCCUGGAUGGGUUUGAGGCUGAUUGGGCGCCGGGAGAUAUUAUGCGCCUGAUGUACAAGGCCGCCAAGCUCAAGGGUAUUGCUGUGGGCAGUAGGAGGGAGUUUGAAGACAUGAAUCGCUAUUUGGAAGAGAAAAAAGUACAGUUUAGUCCACUGCUUGUGGACGAGCGAUUUGCUUUCGCCGACGCUAAAGGUGCUUAUGAUCGUCUCGAGUCUGGGAAGUUCUACGGCAAGAUCAUUAUCAAGAUGUAG